AUGGCCGAUUUUACAAACAACGCGCUCAAAAAAUUCAAGCUCGUUUUCCUUGGAGAGCAGAGUGUCGGAAAAACGUCGAUCAUCACCAGAUUCAUGUACGAUUCGUUUGACAACACUUAUCAGGCAACGAUCGGAAUCGAUUUCCUCAGUAAAACGAUGUAUCUCGAGGACAGAACUAUCCGUCUCCAAUUGUGGGAUACAGCCGGUCAGGAACGCUUCCGAUCGCUUAUCCCAUCGUACAUUCGUGACUCCAGCGUCGCCGUUGUCGUUUAUGAUAUUACUAACGCCAAUUCUUUCCAUCAAACCACAAAAUGGGUGGACGAUGUGCGCAACGAGCGUGGAUGCGACGUCAUCAUCGUACUGGUUGGAAACAAAACGGAUCUCGCUGAUAAAAGACAAGUCUCAACUGAGGAUGGCGAGAAAAAGGCGCGCGAUUUGAAUGUGAUGUUCAUUGAGACGUCGGCAAAGGCUGGAUACAAUGUGAAGCAGCUGUUCCGCAAAAUCGCCACCGCGCUUCCAGGAAUCGUUCAAGAGGAGACUCCAGAGCAGCCAAACAUCGUGAUCAUGAACCCGCCAAAAGACUCGGAAGACAACCAAGGACGCCAGUGUCCGUGCUAG